AACAAGCAACAAACAACAAAAAUAACAAAAACAUCAUAAACAACAUUGGCGUCAACGAGCAACAAAAGUACGAGUAUUGUAGCAGUAGUAGCAACAGCCAAAGUGGCAGCUGAUAUACAUAGCAACAACACCAACAAAAUACUUAUAAUAAAACUAUAAGUACCAAAAAUAAAAACACAAAAAAAAACACCAACACAAAGAGCAAUAACGACGGUAAAAAGGAAAUACUUACGAGCACAGCCAGAUACAUACAUACAUGCACAUACGUAUGAAUGUAUGUAUGUAUGCAUUAAACAAUAAGUAGCCAAGGAAGCACCACAACAACAGUAACCCACGCCACGCGCCCAACGUCAAUACAUAAGUCAAUAAAUUAUUGUAUUAUCCAUUAUUAUCCUUGAACCCGACUAUUCUAUAUAACUCACCUUUAUCUCAACAAGUGAACAGUAGAACCGGAAAUUCUUAUUCUGUAUGCCUUAAUUCUGCAACGAAUUUCCAGCCGCAACAUCGCGUGGGCCAGACGUAUCCACUGAAUUAGAAUCAAUAAAAACACAAACUCUUUGACGACGUAUAAACCAAAGAAUUUGUAUUGGUGCCGUCACCAGCAUCACCAGCAUCAUCUCCGCCAACACAACCCCACAUUUUCGCUUUAAAUUGGGAAUUUUAAUCUUCACAACGAUUUUCCACUUAAAUGCAUCAUCUGUAUCCGUCGCUAAAAGGUGACCAAUUGUGUCCUCUGGGGUUCCAUCCCCAGACCCGCUAUCCAACACGUUGUAAACGUUGCUUUCGCGAUUACAAAGAACAUGGCGGCCGGCGGGGUAUUGAAGAUGUGGCCGUCUCAUCGCCGAAUUUAACUGACAGCGGAAAUUCCAGACCAUCAUCACGCACAUGGACCUCUACGCAGAAUCUGUCGUCUUUCAAUGGCACUGGGAGUAGCAGUGAUAUUGUUGUCCACUUCAAUGUAGAACUAAAGCGGCGUCCACAGUCAUGGACUUCCACUCCGGACAUCGACGAGGCGGUCAAUCAGUCGAACAAGGACAACACACGUUCCAGUGGACGUACGCAGGAGAAUGAUGUGGAUGUGACGGUAAAAAUCCCAGUGCCGACACGACGGCAUACGACGGCGCUGGAUCUAAAUGAGGGUGAAGAUUCCAUUUCGAAGUCAGCCUCGUCGUCAUCCAAAUCAUCACCCUCGCGUUCUACUAUUCCAGAGGAGCUAAUUAUCCUCUCCACAGACAGCCUCGCCGAGCGGGUACGUAAAAUGAAUUUGCUGAAGAAACAGCGUCAAAACUCCCGAGAAUCCAGUCGUGAGCGUUCAGUUUCCAAGAAGAGCGAUGAUAGUGAUAACAAUUCAUCCAGCGAUACUGAGAGCAAAGCGCCACCUGAUCGACCAGAACGUAGCAAAUCCACCACCUCAGUCACAGAAGCUAUUGCCAAACGCAAUUCCCUGCCACCAAAGAAGAUACCAACGUCGAGUACUGCAUCCACAACAAAUUCCACUUCCACAAGUACUUCCACAGCAACUGCUAGUGGCGCAACAAAAUCAGUGAGUGUACCAGCUGCAGUAACAAAUGGUCCAAAAACAACGAAUACAUCCUCGUCAACAAACAAAUCGUCCUCAAGUACUUCGACAACGACGGCAGCCUUGAAGCAACAGAAGGAGGAAGCGCGGCGUUUGAAAUCUGCCGAAGAUGUGGAAUUUAUGCUAAAAAUCAAGGAUAGCAAGUUUGCACAAAAAAGACAAACACACGACACAAGUUCCCUUACGACGGAAACGACUGAAACCACUUUGGUCGGUCCGAACGAUCGAGAGCUGCAGGACGAGCUGAAGCGGUUGCGCGCCGACUACGAAGCGAUGAAAACGCGUGCUGAGCGUGCCGAACGCGAGAAAAGUGACAUUUUGUUGCGUCGGCUAGCUUCUAUGGACACCGCCUCGAAUCGGACCGCAGCCUCAGAGGCUCUGGCACUGCAGCAAAAAGUCAAUGAAAUGAAAGAGCAAUUGGAAAAAGUAAAUGAAGAGAAGCGUAGACUGAAUAUACGCAUGAAAGAUAUUGAAAAUAAUCCAAAAAGCAACGAGUAUGAGUUAAAACGUAAACUGCAUGCGGCUGAGCAGUUGUGUGAGGAAUUGAUGGAGGAUAACCAGGAAGCGAAAAAGGAAAUUCUUAAUUUGCAAGCCGAAAUGGAUGAACUGCAAGAUACAUACCGCGAUGAUGAAGUGAAGGCGAAAACAAACCUUCAAAAGGACCUAGAAAAGAUGACGAAGAACUGUCGCAUACUCAAUUUCAAGUUAAAGAAAUACGAACGCAAGGUGGAGAUAAUGGAACAGGAAAAACAGAAUGGCUACAAUUCAGAUUUACUGGCGAAGGUCAACAAACUUGAAGAAGAGCUGCGUUUCUCAAACGAGUUAACACGUAAAUUGCAAGCUGAAGCUGAGGAGUUGCGUAAUCCCGGCAAAAAGAAAACACCCAUGUUGGGUAUUAUCGGCAAGUCUACAUCGGCGGAUGCCAGCCCACAGCCACCACUACAAUUGCUGCGGGACUUGCAAGACUCUGUGGAGCGCGAGUCUGACUUGAAGGAUCAGCUGAAAUUUGCAGAAGAAGAGAAACAAAAGUUUACUAUGCAAUUGCGUGCUAAAAUGGGCACAAAUAUUGGUACACAAACGAUGGAACUCUCUGAAGUCCUAUGCUUUCCGCGUGCGACACAAACGAAGCGCCUGUUAUGUGCAGAUGUCGCAGUCGAAACGGAACCAGUACUUAUUGGUGGUACGAGCACAAAUGUGGUAGUGGCUACCUGCGAAAAUUCCACUAACACUGAUGAAACUGAAACCAUCGAAGUUGCCACAGGAACAGAAAAUAAUGAAACGCAAAUUCGUGAAAGCAGAGAUGUUGGCACCGAGAUGACUGACCAUGUUGUGUGUGAUGCUUCAACUGAAACCGAGCGUCUAGAGCUAAUUGACGCCACCACCGCGACUGAGAGCGGAGAAACUUCUGUCGAUACUCAAAUUGCUGUACAGAACUUAAAGUCUUUCUGUGAUCGUGAAUGUUCACCAUUUGCUACGGUGUUUGCGGCUGUUGCACCAAGAGCAACUCCUGCACUACUUUUCCCGUCUGCAAUGUCGCAUGCGCUCAUGGCGAGCGCUGGUGCAGCAACACGCAAAUUGAGUCCUAUUCCACAUCGUUUGAUGCCCGAAUCUGCUGCCGAUCGUGAUGAAGGCAUUUCUGAUGAGGACGACCCCGCCGAGUUGCGUAUUCUACUGGAAUUGAAUGAACAGGAGGCGUCGAUAUUGCGACAACGAGUUGAUGACUUAGAAAGAGAGAAUCGUGAAACCAAGAAACAUGUGAGAGAGCUGCAGGAGAAGGUGCAUCAAGCCGAGGUUGGUGAGAAAAGGUCUUCCUCUUCGUUGCUAACUUUUAACUCAACAUCAACAAACGCAUCUGAUAAGAAACUGAAAGCACUCAAUGAAGAACUGAUGCAGUUACGGAAAUCAUUGUCCGACAAAGAUCGCACCAUUGAACGUCUACAGGCGGAGUUCUCUGCUAAAACUGGUUCAACACUUCCGCAGGACACUAAUAUAGAUACGAAGCGUCAAUUAAAGUUGGUUGAACAAGAAGCAUCGGUGUUGCGCACGAAAAUUACAACAUUAGAAAGCGAAAAUGAGAAACUGCUGAAAGACAAUAAACGUAUGCAAUUGCAAGCUCUACGUAAGACCACAUCAUUGGAAAAGAAUGGUACGAACAGUGAAGAGCUAACAAAGUUGAAAGAGUCAUUUGAGUCGAUGGAACGCGAGCGUAACGAGUUAGAUGGUAAACUGAAACGAAUACUACUCGAAGCCGAAGAAAAAUUGCCAGUGCGUACGCCGAAACGUGUGACAGAUCUCACGCCGAAGAAUCAUUUGAAAAAGUGGGUGGAAGAGCUUGAGGAUGAGAUACGGGAAAUGAGAGUGAUAGUACUGAAUAGUGGCGGUGAAAAAUUAAAGACGCUUGAGACUGAGAAGACGGCACUGGAGGAGCAAUUGCAGAAGGCGAAGCAACGCCUGUCCGUAGCAGAGGGCGAUAUUGAACGAUUGAAGACACUGACGAGCUCGACACCCAAACUUAGUGAGCUGGAACAUAAACUGAAGAAGUCGGACGAUGAAGCCAGAAAAUUCAGUUCGAAAGUCAAAGAGCUUGAAGACAAAAUCAAGAAGCAGGAUAAUCUGCUCAAACAAGUUGAAGCCGCGAAAGCCUCUCUCGAAUCGCAAUCCAAGCGUGACAAAGAAAAACAAUCUACACUAGAAAAGGAUUACGAAAAGGAGCGCAAGGAGCGUGAGAAGCUCGAGUCGAAACUAACGCAAUUAGAAGCCGAUCUUGGUAGCGCUAAAAAAGCUGCAGAAAAAACAAAAGCCGCGCAUGAGAAGGAAAUGAAGGAACUGAAAACUAAAUCUUCAAAAUCUGAUUCCAAACAAGUGCAGGAGCUUAAGAAACAAAUUGAGGAGUUGCAAAUCCAGUUAGUUGAUGAAAAUAAGCGCUACAAAGAUUUGAAUACACAUUGGGAAAAGUUGUCUGAGGAAACGAUACUUAUGCGAGCUCAACUAACCACCGAGAAGGACAACAUGCAAGUGGAGCUGAAUUCUAUGAGACAAAAACUGAAUGAAAUGGACGAAAUACGUGUGGAACGUACAGAGUUGGCAAAGAAGCUCGGCGAUGUGAAGAAGAAGCUGCAAGAGGCUGAGGCGAAACAAAUCAAAAAUGGUGCCUCGGAGCAUGAAAAGACAAUGCUGAAGAAUAAAUUGGCAGAGAAGGAGCAAGAAUAUGAUCGUUUACGGCGCGAAAAUGAGAUGAAUAUAGAUUUAGUAUUUCAGUUACGUAAGGAAAAUGAGGAUUUAGGUAGUAAGCUAAAUGACUUUAAUCGUAUCGAACAAGCGCAGUAUUCGAUUAAUGAGCAUAGUAGCAGUUUGCAAGCAGAAAUCAAAACGCUGAAAACAAGGUUGCAGAACUCUGAAUUACAGCUUAAGUCCGAGGUAGCAUCAACACGUCUACGGUAUGAGCAACAGGUCAAAAAUUUGAGUGGCGAAUUGACCUCUAUGCAGCGCCAAUGCGAGAAGUUCAAGAAAGAUCGGGAUACCUUCAAGCAGAUGUUAGAAUCAGCACAGAAAAAAAUCGGUGAUCUCAAAGCAAGCAGCACAGGCCGCCAGAGUCGUGGUUCAAUGCAUAGCAGUGAUGACGAUGAUAAGAGCAAAAUCGCCUAUCUGGAACAACAGGUCGGUUGUCUGGAGGACCAGUUGGUCGAGUCACGCCUCGAAGUGAGUAAAGUAAAAACAGAGCUUGUAUCUGAGCGUAGCGCAAAUGAGAUAAAAAUAUCCGAAAUGCAAUCCAAAUUAAAUGAGUUCGAAGAAGAACGCGUUAUCGGCUCUGGGCGCACAAAAAUACCGGGCAUGAAAACAAAACUGGAACUCUCGUGGCAAAAAGAACGCGAAGAUCAACAGCGUCUGCUGCAAGAAACAUCAACAUUGGCGCGUGACUUGCGACAAACGCUCUUCGAAGUUGAGCGAGAACGUGACAAAGAGCGUCUGGAGUCAAAACGACGUUUAGAGCAACUGAAACGCUCUACGGAGGAGGAGAUGGAGGAAGGUCGACGAAAGAUUGCCGAACUGCAAUGUGAUUUGCUGGAAUUGCGCGACGUGCACGCCAAACUGCGAACAUCCAAUGAAAAGUUGCGUCGCGAACGUGAACGCUACGAGAAGGAGUUAGUGAAACGCCGCGUGGAACAAGAUGGAGGUGAGCGUAAAGUGGGCGCUUUGCUACAAACUGUCGAUGAGCUGGUGAAGAUAGCGCCAGACCUGAAGAUGGCAACAACAAGCAGGCGCUCAUCUUCGAGCAGUGGCAACACAUUGCGGCCUGAACAGGCGGGUACGGCACGGCAACGUAGUCGCAGCCCCUCGCCAAACACAGUCUUAAAUAAUUCACAAAUAACGAAUGUGCUUGCACGCCUCGCUGAAGCGUCAGAAGAGUUGCGAAAAUUCCAGCGUCUCAGCGAAGAUGAGAAUGAACGGAUGCGUGUGCGUCGCAGUAAUUUGCGGCGUGCGGCAUCGCAGGAAAAUGAUCCACAUGGUAGUCAGAGCUCAGUGGCCAGUGCAGCAGGUUCAACGCGCAACGGCUCCAAAUUAUCGCGCACUUCGACACACAAUGGUAGUUUAAUAAGGAAGAGCCUCUCAUUGGAUCAUUCAAUACAGAAAGAUCAGAACAUUUGGCGUCAGGAUGAUGGCAGCGUCUCGUCAAUGCAAUCCAUUGAUUCCGAAUUGGGUGGCAUGAUGCGUGACAGCAGCUUUGACUCACGUCUAUCUGGUGGCUCCACGCAGAGUGACAUACCACGCGGUCCGCGCAAAAAGAAGAAGAGCUUAAUGGGAAAAUUGCGCAGUCUAACGAAGAGUAGCCGUAAUUCCGAGAGUGAAGUGUCGGUUCAAGGAUCUGACUCUGACAUUAGUGUAGCCAGUGAUAUGCGUGCCAGCAAAAAAGACUUACGUGGCCGUUUGUCAGGUAUGUUUAAGCGUGCGGGAUCAACGUCUCGAAGUGAGAGCAUCGAACGCAUGGCAGUCGAAAAUCGUCCGGUGGCAGUGACAGUGGUUGGAGACGUGGAUGGCCCCCAGCCGCGUGAACCUCCUCCUGCUAAUGCUGCGACAGCUAAACCAAUACGUGCUGCGAUAAAACCACCGACGCCUACCACACCGCUGACAAAACGUCGAACAGCUAAAUAGUUGCCCACUUUUCUAUUUUCUGUAUUAGAAACUUGUUCCAUGCCACGGUAUUUCGAAAUCCUACAUACAUCCACGCGUACUUUUGUUGUCUUAUUUAAAACAUUUAAAUUAUUUGAUAUGGUAGCGAAAAGCGUAUAUAUUUUUGCUACAUAUCAGAACUGGCAAUGGCGUUAUUCAAAUUGUUUCCCAUUCUUGAAUGGAGGAGUUCAAUUUUAUCGCAUUGCAUCCAGAUUCAUAUAUAUACAUACUUUUAAUCAACUUUUUUCUAUUACUUUUAUUUAUUUCAAAUAUUUACUUUCUUAAUGUACCGUAAUGUUAGUAUGUCAUACUACAAAUCAUUAUAUU